UCUAAAGGAUCAUCCCCGCUAUGCCAUCGUGGGACUAGAAGGGACUCAUGCACAAACACGGGGCCUCGGAAUGACUGUUACUCAUAGAGGAAACUCGAGAUUUGAAAUACAGGCAACUUCAGGCUACAGAUCAAGUGGAUCAACAACCGAGAUGGACGAAUUAGAUUCAGCUUUUUCCUCCAAGAUAAAAAUCUUCUCAGAUGAUGGUAUUUCCUUGGCGCCUUCCACUGCUGAUUCCAUAUUUGUGGAAGAUUUAUUUUACUCCUCUGUGAGGACAGAGUUAGAAGCUGAUUCACAUGAGUUUGACACAGAAUCUUGGAGCAGUGCCGUUGAAGCUCCAUAUGCUAAAAAGCAGAAGAAGGAGGUUAUUAAGCGACAGGAUGUUAUAUAUGAGCUAAUGCAAACAGAGAUGCACCAUGUGAGGACGCUAAAGAUAAUGCUGAAAGUAUACUCUCGUGCACUGAGGGAGGACCUGCAAUAUGGAAACAAAGAAAUCCACCAGAUCUUUCCUUGUGUGGAUGAACUAUUGGAAUUGCAUGGGCAAUUUUUGGCUCGGUUCAAAGAGAGGCGUAAAGAGUCCUUAGAGGAGGGGAGCGAUCGCAAUUACAUCAUUCAGAAAAUUGGUGACAUCCUUGUGCAGCAGUUUUCAGGGGACAUAGGUGAACAUAUGAAAGAUCAGUAUGGGAUGUUUUGCAGUCAGCACAACAAGGCAGUUGGUUAUUAUAAGGACCUCCUGAGAGACAGUAAAAAGUUUCAGAAUGUGAUAAAGAAAAUAGGCAAUUCCUCCAUCGUGAGGCGACUAGGCGUUCCAGAGUGCAUCCUGUUGGUAACUCAGAGGAUUACUAAGUAUCCUGUCCUGGUGGAACGUAUCCUUCAGAAUACAGACGCGGGUACCGAAGACUAUGAGGCACUGACCCGGGCCCUAGCUCUUAUCAAAGAAACCAUCACUGAAGUAGACUUACGUGUUCAUGAAAGUGAGAAAGUUCAGCGUCUGCGGGAAAUUGUGGGCAAGAUGGAACUGAAAUCUUCUGGAAAGCUAAAGAAUGGAAUGACAUUUAGGAAACAUGAUAUGAUGCGCAGGCAGCUUCUCUAUGAUGGAAUUCUUUACUGGAGGAGUGCUUCAGGUCGCUUGAAAGAUAUUCUUGCUGUUCUGCUCACAGAUGUCUUGCUACUUCUGCAAGAAAAGGAUCAAAAGUAUUCAUUUUCAAAUGUGGACUCAAAACCACCAGUGAUUUUACUGCAAAAGUUGAUUGUCCGAGAGGUAGCUAAUGAGGAAAAGGCCAUGUUCCUGAUCAGUGCUUCAUUAAAGGGCCCAGAAAUGUAUGAAAUUCACACUAGCUCCAAAGAAGAAAGGAACUCAUGGAUGGCACUAAUUCGGGGAGCUGUGGAGAGUUGUCCAGUUGAAGGAGAUAUCAUCAGCGAUACAGACGAGCGUACUGCUAAAGUAAAUGAGUUACAAGAGCGUCUUCAUACAAAAGAUGUGUGUAUUAUGCAGUCACUAAAAGAGAAACUACUGAUAUGCACAGACAUUUCAGAUAUGUAUGGCUUAGAAGAUGCUCCUCAGUCAGCCAGAAGACUGUUGCUUGGAGAAAAUCUCACAGGGGAAAGUAUACUCCUGUCUGCUAUAGCUGAAGCUGAGAGAAUUCUUUUCAUGCUCUUCGAACCACCAUCAAACCAGACAUCCCAAGAGGAGGGGAAUUCUGGGAAUCCGUCUCUGCCACGAAGAUCAGAGACAUUUGGAGGUUAUGACCGUAAUGCCAGUCAGUCAAACAAAACUGGCAGCUUUAAACAAAAAGUCAAAGAUUGCCGUACUACAUCAACCAGCUCAGAAACGCCAAGUGUGGAACUUGUGCGAAGUGAGCCUGAUGUGUCAUUACUGGAUGAUAAUAUUGCUCCCAUUAAUCAAGAACCUGAGCUGCUUUGCAAGGUACAGACACUACUACAGAUGCUGUAUAGUCUGCAGGCAGUAGUAACCCAGCAGGAUAGCUUUGUCGAAGUGCAGAAAGAGCGGGAGAGGCAGUUUCGACAGCUGUCUUCUAAGGGUAACUUGCUUCUGGAGCAAGAGAAACAGCGCAACUUUGAAAAGCAAAGAGAGGAGCUUGUCAAUGUGCAGAAGCUGCAGGAACAGCUAAGAAACGAAAGGCAGCGCUGGGAGCGAGAGCGAGAAAAACAGCAAAAAGAAAUAGCGACCACAGAGACCCUGUUAAAGUCACGAGAAGAGCAAUCUAAGAUGGAGAAGGAGAAGCUGGAUCAGGAGCGGAAAGAACUCGAGACCCAAAGAGAGGCCUACCAGCGAGACCUUGAAAGGUUGCGUGAAUCACAGAGAGCAGUGGAAAAAGACAAAGAGCGCUUGGAGCAGCUGAAAAGGACUAAAAAGUCAAAUGUUGGACCUGUACCAUUUUCACCAGACCUGGUGCAGGGUCUUACUCAUUCUACGAGUUUUAAUGGAGAAGGUAUGUUAAAUUUGGAAGUGCCAGGACUGCCUACAAAGCCCACUGCCAAAUCCACCAUGUCUAUGUCUGCAGCCGACUAUUUGGAGAGGCCAGAGGUGGCUCGAAGGGACAGCAGCUCAACAGAUACAAGGCCAGCUCUGAAGCAUGAUGUUCCCAUUCAUCUGCUGAGUGCAACUAACCAGAUCCAGAAACAGGCAUUACUGACCAAACAGCAAAUCCCCACCAAGCUGGCUGCACUGACCAAAGGCAGCAGGGAGAAAAGUGGCCGAGGGAAAGCGUCUCACAGGACUGAGAGUUCAGCUUCAGUGGACCAUAGAUCAACACAGUCUAAGUUUUUAGGAAAGGAAGACAACACACUAUGGAGUAGAACGUCUGCUGUUUCCAGCCCAAUGCCUAGUCAAUCCGUCUUCCAGCAAGACAAUCCAGGGCAGACUGAACCCUUUCACGAAUCACCGCCUUAUUCAAGUUUACACAGACCGAACAGCUCUAACCUACUUCAGGCUUUGGUACCACCUCCAUUCCCUCCACCGCCACCGCCACCUUCUACUGAAGAUGAACCAAACAGAGAAGAAGUCAUUUUUUUCUAAUCAGCCGAAAGGGACAGCCUGUAAAGAUAAGAUGUGCAUGAUAUGUCCACAGUUGAAGAUAUAAAUCAGCUCGUAUUAUGAAGAAAAUGUUUCAAAUUUUUAUUAUGGCAAUUUGCACUCCACAAUAUUCAAGCAAUCAGUCACCUCUGGACCACGGUGUAUAUCAUAAGUGUUUCCUUUGACUAAAUUGUUCUUGUAUCCUUACAGAAGAUUUAGAUUCUGCGUUUAUCAUUCAUAGGUUCAGAGGUCAAGCAUGCUGCCUUGUUUGAUGCAUAAUGUUUGAUGCAUAAUCCUCACAUACCUAACUGGUAAAGGGGACGUCACCUGCAGAGAAGGACAAUCUUGAUUUUAACUAAAGUUGACAUUUAAACUAAAACCCUUAAUUGUUUUUCAUGAUGAGUAAGUAAGCCGCAUUUGAUCUUCCAAUUGUCCACCAAUACAUGUCAUUUUGCACUGUACGGAUUUCCUUCCGGGUUCUCCAGGCAAAAACAGACUCCCAAAGGAAAAAAAACAAAGAAUAUAGCUUUAAUUCAUCUAUUUAAGACAGAAGCUAUGGCAUAAACUGGCAUAAACAGAGUCGUAUGUAAAGCAUAUUCAGUCACAGAAUGUGGGCACACUGACAUGUAAAGUGUCAUUAUAAUGCAGUGUGUUGUAGAAACAUUGUGUUUUACCUGGAACUGAAUGUUCUUAUUUUAACUAGUCAGACUGUCACUCAGCAGACCAAGCCAAGUUAAUAACAGUGUAGUAUCUAGUGUUUAUAAGGACCAGUGAGAGUCUGUCAUAAAACAUUUUUUUUUUUUUAAAAGGAUGCCCUUCCAAAAUGGAACCACUCAGCUGGGUGGAUGGAGUUGAAAACGUUAAUAAACAGGACAUAUCAUGACUGUGAUGACCGCAUGUAAUAUUUGACUUUAAAAUGGUCAUUGUAUACGUUACUUAUUUUGUAAAUGAUUUUAAUGAAAUGUGUGUUUGGUCUUCUGUCAUUACCCCUGAAUUGUAACCAAUUCCAUUAAUGAAAGCACAUUCAAGAAAUGCUAAAUUUUAACAUUUUUUAAAAUUAGAUGCUUAUUGCAUUGGAAAACUAUAUUUCCUUUUAUUUUAAAUCUACCUCCUGCCAUAAAUUCUAUAAACUUUUUUUUGGUUUUUUUCUCAUUUUAAACUCUGGCGCUGAAUUUAUGUAGUAGUGUCAUGUCUUUAUAUAUUUAUGUUAUCUGAUGUACAUGUUAAUGUUUUUUGUUUUUUUUUUCAAAUUGAUAAUAAGCAGGCACUUUAGAAUCAAAAAAGAGCACAAUUCAGGUAUAGUUGUUAGUCCAUAAGCAUUGUAUAUUCCCAGAUAAAACUGCAACUUUUAUUAAAAAAAAGAAAUGUUUAAAAAAUUUACUUUUGUAUUUUUACCACGGAAGGCUGGCCCUUUCAAGCUUUUAAGUGCCACAGAUUGUAUCAAAUACAACACACGGUCUCUGCUGUACCUCAUCUGAGAUUAAUGAUUAUCUCAUUAGUGCCACUUCCAGGAAAUAUGUUUUUGUUUUUUGUUUUUUUUUACAAAUUUCAGCUUCAAUCACCAGAGAUCGUCCUUGCUAAUAAGAGGAAAAGCAUCCAGAGAGGUGGCAAAGCUAGCCUCUGUUUCACUGGCUUUCAGAAAAGGGAUUUCAUCUGAUAUUUGUAUGCUACCCCUACUUAUCAGGUGUAUGUGUACAAUGAACACAAUACAUAAGUAUUCUAACGGCCACAAAAAUAAAAAUGAGGUGAGUGAAAUAUAUUUCAUAUUUGCCCCAUCAGCUGUCACUUACCUCACAGGUAAUAUGAAGCGUCUAAUUGUUCUUGAAAACACGUGAUUGAGGAUUCUUUAUUUUUAUUAGUAGUCUUUCUCUACAUCCAAUAAACAUCUGAAAUUGCA